AUGUCACGCAGCGAGGAUCCGCCGCCAUAUGGCGCUCCCAGCAUUGCCCAAUAUCAACAACUGGGCUUGGACAAGGCCGCCGCUGGUCUGGCGCACAAUGACCCGCGUUCAUCUUCGCAAGAAUCGCUCGGACCCCAGUUUGAUGCGCAGCAACAACGUCGAAAGCUGCUGUUAAUCUACAUACAUGGUUUCAUGGGCGCAGAGACGAGCUUUCGCAGCUUUCCAGCUCACGUUCACAACCUCUUGACCGUACUGCUGUCCGACACUCAUGUCAUUCAUACGAAGAUCUACCCUCGAUAUGCUUCACGGGGCAAGAUCACCCGCGCCAGAGAUGAUUUCGGCCGCUGGAUUGAGCCUCACCAAGACAGCACCACCGAUGUGGUACUUCUCGGCCACAGCAUGGGCGGUCUUCUGUCGGCGGAAGUGGUACUUGCACCGGGUACGCUUCCUCAAGGCAGCCCACUUCGAAAUCGCAUACUGGGAACAAUCAACUUUGACGUCCCUUUUCUGGGCAUGCACCCGGGUGUAGUCAAAAGCGGCCUGGCAAGCAUCUUUAGCCCUGCCGAUGAGCCACAGGAUCAACAGCUUUCUGACACGAUGCCUGGAACGUCGGAACCAAGUGCGUCGGCCCCAGCUCCAGGUACAUCGCGGGUAGACACUCUGUGGUCGCCCGAACAGCAGGAUCCGAACUACAAUCCGUCGUUCGCCAACGACGUCAUAUUACCGGUCCGAAAGGGCUGGCGGAACGCAUGGCACUUUAUCAGCAAACAUUCCGACGAUCUUACCACCGCUACGAAGAAGCUAGUGUCAUCGCAUCUCGAAUUUGGCGGCGUCAUGGCAAACUACAAUGAGCUGCGGUCGCGGUAUGCUAGGGUCAGGGCCUUGGAAGAGUCCGAUGAGAGGGUUCGCAAGUCGGUUGUCGGGGCAGGCAUUCCUCCACGAGUGCGAUUUGUGAAUUACUAUACGGCUAGCACUGGUCGUCCUAAGAAGCCCAAGUCGCCUCAUCGCCAUGCGUCCCGCAGUCCCCACGGCUCGCGAAGUGCUUCGCAAGCUACGGAUCGGCCUAUGUCUUCUAGGAAUUCGAGCAGUGUGCAAUUAGGUGCACAGCUUGAGAAUCUUCAUGUUGCGGACGCAGAGCGCAAAGGAAGCAGCGCCGUCGACGAUGCAUCCCGAGGAAGAUCGCCUGCUCCGCAAUUGCCAGCCCGGAAGUCAGAAGCGGAAAUGACACACAACGAGCGCGAACAAUUGAGGCUUGAAAGAGAACGACAACGAAUGGAAAAAGAGGGCCGCAGGCUACGUGGUGAGCCCGAACCAUUGCCGGAGUCCACCAGCAGUACGGCGUCCCUUCCUACUGUUGAGAUGACCUCACCUACAGACGUUCAGCCAUCGAACUCCAGCUUUGUUUCCCAGACCUCAUCUGCAUACGAUCAGAGCUCGCUCACUCCGAUGGACAGUCGAACAUCGACAGAGAGCCGCUCAGAGUCGCAGAAGCCAAAGAAGGACCGGAUGUUUUGCACGCUGCCGCCCAAGGACUCUAACGGCGAGCGAGAUCCUUGUUGGGUUCGAGUAUUCAUGCAGAAUGUAGACGAGGUUGGAGCGCAUUGCGGUUUGUUCUUUGUGGACGAAAGAUACGAGCGCCUGGUGGGAGACGUAGCGUCGCGUAUCGAGGGUUGGGUGAACGCAGACAUUGGCAGCACGACUAGUUGGAAGUAGACCUGGAGAAAGUGCCCCUGAGCAGAUCUUGUCUUGUGACCAGUGCAACCUUUUAUCCACUUCAAUGUGUUCGGAGCCGUUACUUGCAAAUUUCACUCGAAGAAGUCUCCACCGCUUUCGUUGUCACUGUCGUCC